GAGAGUAACAUCGAUGGCAGCUACCAGCGGAAGCGGCCAAGCUCCCAAAAUCCUUUUAGCUAAGCCCGGACUUGUCACCGCCGGCAAAUUUAACCGGGGCGGUGCUGGUGGCGUUGAUGACGAAUCCGCAUCGCUUCGGUCUCGUCUCCCGUCCAUCGGAUCCCUCAACCUGCUCUCCGACUCCUGGGAAUUUCACACCGAUCGCUUCCUGCCCUUUCUGACAGACAAUACUGAUUUUACGGUGGUCGGAGUGAUUGGUCCACCUGGCGUCGGCAAGUCGACUAUAAUGAACGAAAUUUAUGGAUUUGAUGGAAGCUCACCUGGAAUGCUGCCUCCAUUUGCAAUAGUGUCGGAAGAAACCAGGGCAAUGGCAAGGCAUUGUACUGUUGGCAUUGAACCCAGGGUUUCUGCUGAGCGGAUUAUACUUUUGGAUACCCAGCCUGUAUUUAGUCCUUCUGUUUUAGCUGAGAUGAUUAGACCCGAUGGCUCAUCAACGGUCUCUGUUUUUAGUGGUGAAUCUCUAUCUGCUGAGUUGGCUCAUGAACUGAUGAGUAUCCAGCUUGGUGUUCUCCUCACAUCCAUUUGUCACAAAAUACUAGUGGUAUCUGAGGGAGUUCAUGAUCUUAACAUGUGGCGUUUGAUGGCUACGGUGGACUUGUUAAAACAUGGUAUACCUGACCCAUCUUCCCCAACCAUUUCCCAUCCACAGAGCUCUAAUUUGGGCUCUGAAAAAGAAAACAAGGAUAAAGUCCAAGAUGUUGGGCAGGAGUAUAUAGCUGCUCCAGUUUUCGUGAAUACAAAACUGCAAGACCAAUAUAUUACUCCGCGUAAUGUUAUACAACUGAAGAAGGCACUUACGCAAUACUUUAGCUCAUCUUCAUUCAUAAGAUCAAAAUGCCAAAACACCGACAAAGAGAAUCAGGUUUCUUCUGGGUCUCUUGAUCAGCAGAGUGAUGAUACAGAUUCACCGCUGCUGAAUUUGUAUUUAAUCCCAUCUAAAAAUCCAGAUGAAUCCUCAAGGGCACAGUAUGCAAGUUAUAUUUCCAUGUUAUGGAAACUAAGGGAUCAGGUUUUAUCCAUGAGUAGCCCACGUUUCUCAAGGGCAGUGUCUGAACGUGAAUGGCUGAAGAACUCUGCCAAGAUAUGGGAGCUAGUAAGGAACUCCGCAAUCAUUGCUGAGUAUAGCAAAACACUCCAGAAUUCGGGCUUGUUCAGGAGGUAGCUGUUGACUUUUGUCCUGUUUAUCCCUUCCGCUGAAACAUUCAUAUGAUCAACUCAGGUCCAGAAAAUGGCAAUUAGCAUUGCUUGAUUAAGCGAGAUAUCAUGCUCCAUAUUUGUUCCAUUUGUGUUCCCAUGUUCUCUACAUGCCGUUGAACCAUAUUUCUUUGGGUAGCACGAAGGUAGCAAAAAACCGUUUUUUGGGUACAAUAUCUUAUGUUUUGGUCUAGUUAGAAUGUGAUACAUGUAAAAUCUUUUUAUUUUAUAUUCUUAUUUUAUUAUUUUCACAUUACCAAUCUUAG